AUGCAAGCUGAUUCCGAGGUUCUGGCGCUCUGGCUUGGCACAGCGGAAGCUAGUCAAGAGCAGCCGACACCUCUGUCGGAGAAGUCGACAGCCCUCAAGAAGGUGACGCAGCUUCUGACAGAGCUCACGUCACAGCUCAAGGAGGACAAGGAGGCAGAUCAGAAGCAGUUCUCCGAGUAUGAGAAGUUGACGAAGGCAAGUAUUACCUCAGCCACUGCCACGGUGGAGCAAUGCACCACGCAAGUUGCUGAAUUGAAGGCAAGCAUCGUCACGGCGGAAGCCCUGCAGGCACUGGACAGAGAACUGGGGGGCUCCCAGUGUCUCCGUGAGUGCCUCGAAACUUCUGAGCCAUGGAGCGAGGCUGAAAAGAAGAGCCUCCUGGAAACAGCUGCUUCCAACCUGCUCCAGUCGCAGAAGGCAUCUUCUUUUGCUUUGAGGGGGGAGGCUCCAGACGAGCUCGUUUUCGAUUCGCCUGCUCGUUUGCUCGCAGGAGCUGGAGCUGGCGAAGCAGCAGCGGUUGACCGAGAAGGACGCGGGGAGGAGGUUCGGCCACCUUUGCUCCCAAUCUGGGCUGAACUGCAGGAGACCUUUGUGAAGAAUGCUGCGCAGCUGUGA